AUGGGGAUCUGCGUGAUUGUGAGCCUCUACUAUACGCUGCUUGCUUGUGUGGAUGAUUCUAUUUCCUUCCAUCAUCAAGAAUAUCACCCGCCGACAUCUUUUUGUAUUCUCCUCAAGGAAUUCUAUGUCACCCUUCUAGAACUGCAACAUUGGGUCGAUGACAAGAAAUGUUAUGCUGAGCUGAGAGUUAAGCCCAAGAGAGCAUCGGAAACCCAUGUAACAUCAGCCAACACUGAAGGAAAGACGAGGACUCUACUGUGUUUAUCUAAUGAGGAAGCCGCUGAAGAACCAACCAUGGAAUCGCUCAUUGCACUGACCAACAGCGAGACGUCGGAUUUCAUCCAAGCCAAUGGGACAGGCUCGUUGUGUUCACAGAUAGAUUUUAGCCAUGUGACUGGUAUUGGACAGAACCCACGAUCGGAUGAUACAACGAAUUGCUUUGUGAACUCCUGCGUCGAUAUUGCCAAUCAAUCCGCCAGCGAUGCGGCAACAGAGUACCUACAGAAACAAGAGGAAGAAGAAUUGCUUCAAGCCCUCGACGUGGAUUCACUCACACCAUCCUUUGUAUCGGAGCAGAGUUUUGAAUUAAGUGUGGCGGAUGUAGAUCUGGAACCGGAGGAUCGGCCACAUUGUAGGUACACUACCAAACCAAAUGAUACGGCCCUCGCUAAUGGAAAUGAAACGGUGCAAAAUUGUGCAGAGUCAUUGCUUAUGACUGCAAGAACUACAGACAAUGCAUUAUCCAUUGACCUGCCAUCGAAUGGCAUGAGCCAGCAGCAAGGUGUAGGGCCUCCUGGUAGUAUCCCAAUGCCUAUCGAUACGGGUAUGGUGGUCGAGGUCAUGGAGAUGGAACAAGAUAGAGAGUCAGCGUUAUUGUCGUCAAAUCCUCCGACUGAUACCAUGGAUUUUGGAUAUCAAUCCUAUGCUCACAAUUUUGGUGCCGAUGCUGUGAUUGAGAAAGAGAUGGACACGUCAAAUUUAAUGAGUGAUGAGCCAGAACCCGAUAAUAAAAACAUCUGUUUACUUGUUGCCGUGUCUGAGGCGCAGUACACUGUACACUCCGGCUACAGUCCCAAAACAAAGCAGACCUCGACCUCAGCAAAAGCACAACCUAAAGUCACCGCAGCAGCUUGCCAGAAGUCCAAAAAGGACAAAUCCGCAAAAGUUUCUCCGUCCAAAGUCAAUCCAUCGAUGCGAUCCAAUAUUUCCACCUCAAAGUCAAACUCUGUGCCAAAAUCGUGUGUCAAAUCCCCCAAAUCAAGGACUACAAAUGAAAUGAAAACGGAAGCGUUGAAGAAGGGCACGGUUAGCGUUAACAAAUCACCAGCAGCAACGCAAGUAAGUCCGAAUAAACGAACACCUCAGAAGGCCAAACACUCAGAUCUUUCCAAUAAUGUGUCCAUUGCCAACGCAGAAAAAGUAACAAAAGUCACUGGGAAACGAACUGCCAAAGUCAAUGUGUCUGCCGUGAAAACGACACUCCGAAAAGAGAAGGUCUCGCCUGACAAACCCAAAAAGAGCAAAAAGUCAAAAGCCAAGGGUGAAAUAUCUCCUGUCAUCAAACCACCGAAAACCAAAAAACUGAAAGAACCAACUGUUGACCAACUGGAAGCCAACACAAAAUGCAAGGGAAACAAGAAAAAGAAAAAGAGUUUGCCCGUUUCACUGGGUUUGUCCAAACUGAACCCCAUCACUGUAGCUGGAGUUCCUGCCAGUAAAAAAUCAAAGAAAAGUAAAAGUAAAACCAAAGGCAAGAACAGUGACAGUUGUGAACUGACUUCAUUUUCAUCAUCCAAAACUAGUUCAAUCGGCAAACCACUUACAUCACCCAAAUCCACCAAAACCAAACCAAAGAGUAAAACAAGUACACUAUCUCCAAAGAGUAAAGUAAUCAAAGGAAAAGGAUGUAAGACGAAACUUAAGAAAAAAACGGUGCUGGGUGUUAGUCCAUUGGUUGUUGCCUCACAUCACCCUUUGAGCAGUCCCUCACAAAUCAGCAACCCACCUAUCUUGGGCGUCACCGUUUCCUCCAAAGCAACCAAGAAAAACUCAAAAUCCAAGAAGGCGGACAAGAAGUGUAAAUCAGGCAAGUCCAAGUUAAGUAGAACAAAAGUACAGAGUUCCACAAUUGUGCACUCAGAUGGACUACUUCAAGUUGCCACCAAAAUCAACAGAAAAUCCAAGAGCUGCAAGCCCGGCAAGAAGGAGAAAAAACACAAGCGAGCCAAAAAGCACAAAAUCAAAGAAAAACACAAGGAGUUGACAGGUUCUGAUAAGCCGUCAGUUCCCCCUCCAGCCAUUCUACCAUUGGUGGGAACGUCCCCUCUUCACAUACUUAUCCCAGAUGAGGAACCAAUAGCUUCACCCUUGUCUUCCCCACCCUGUCCACCGAGCAAAGGAAAAGGCAAGAAGUCAGGGUCAGGCGUUGCUAGACUCAUGACUGAAUGGCUCCUUGAGAAUGGUCACGAUGAAGAUGACGAUGACGAUGACGAGCCGAUUCAGCUUCAUCAAGGUAAACCGAUCAAGAACUCUCAAAAGCACGGCAGUCCUAAAUCCAAUAAGACUUCCAGUCCUCGCAAGGAAAUGUCCACACCUGUGUCGCCAGUCAGUAGCUCAUGCUUUGGAACGCCAACCAAAGUCCCGCAUGUGUUCGCCGAGCCUGUAAAAGCUCUGCAUGAAUCCGGGAAGAAGAAGCAGCUGAGCGUUGAGCCGAUCAGAGCGGAGAUUAUGGAAGGCUCUAAGGAGAAGCAGCAUAAAGAACAAACGCCGUCUCCGCAGAGUGCUACCACCUGUAUGAGUGAAGAAACAAUGUUUAGUGACAGUGGAAUAGGUACCGAUAAUAACAGUAAUCCAGACCAGCAUGCCUUAGACAAACAUAGAAGGCGUUCUGUACCCUCAGUCACCGAAUCGGAUAUGUCCAGUGAAAUGCUCGACACGCACCCACUAGCCACCUCAGCUCAUGGUCUGUACAGCUACGGCAAGAAAGACAAACACCGUAAGAUCAUGAACUGGCACUUUGGUCCGCACAGGAAGAGGAGAAAGAAAUACCGGUUUAUGAGACAGCCCGGAAGAAUGAGCCCAGCUUUUGUGUUUGAGCUGGACGCCGUUAUCUUAGAGCUAAGAACACUGAGACUGGAUCACCAAGAAGACCUUACCGAUGUCACCAAAACUGUCUCCACGGAUAAACACUUAGAACCAAAGAACCAUUUAUCAGCCAUCGCCAAGCUGAAUCCAAAUUACAGCAGCUAUUUGAGACCGUCGUACCUUGCGACAGUCCUUAGUAAUCCCACCAUGAAGAACAGUAAGCAUAAGUCCAACAAGAAGAAGAAGAAAGAGAAGGAUGACAAAAGGAAGAAAGAACUGAAUGUUCUUGGCGAACAAGGCAGCAAUGAUAUCAGUGAGCAGUACUUAACCAACUCAGGCAGUGAGAUGUCACCUAAAGCAGCCUCUAAACCACCAGGACUUGCUAUGAGCGACUUGUUCCAAAGAAGCCAUUCUGUUGUUCCUCAAAAAACUGAUUUUGCAGUCAGUAAUGUGCUGUCAUUAAGUGCAACUUCCGACUGCCCAAGCACUGUCUUUGGAAAGCAAACUGCUGGACUUGUUAACAAAGAGAGGCAAAUACCUGAGCAGAAAAUAACACCAACAGUGGACACAGCAGACUCACAUGUGCAAGAUUUAAACUCAAAGCCAUCUGCUAAAGCUGUAACCAAAAAGCCAAAAUCCAAAAAGGCUAAAAUUGUCAAAUCUGUUAAAGCUGUCAGCAAAUCCACAGCCAGCACAGCAUCAAAACAAACUAAGGCCAUUAAAGCCUCAAACGCCACAAAACAGUGGCAAGAAGACAAGAGUAUACCUUUCGACAAAACAUCCAAUACACCACCCAACACAUCGGAAAAGAAGGAAAACACAAGGGAUCAGUCUGUGAAGACAAACCAGAAGAGCGACUUCACCAGUUCCAAAGUCGAACCAGUAUUUCUUUCAAACGGACUUGCAGAAGCUGAUGCCGGUGAAGCCAGCCAACAUCAACCAGCUAUUCCAGUGCCAAAGACAUUGCCAAAACCACCACCUAAAAAGAGAAGGCGAAAGAGAAUUGCCAGAUUUACUCCUCCUAAAUCAAAAGCCUACCUGAAGAAGAAGCUCAUGACAAUAAAGCAGCGGAUUGAGGAAGCUGUGUUGCUUGAUAAAGCGGAACCAUCGGCCGAAGUCAACAUGGCGGAGAAAUCAGUCAACAACGAUGAUACCACUGCUGCAGACUUUGAAAACAACAACGUGCUUGAGAGAAAAGAGGGGUUAACCGACAGCUGUCACCCGGAACAGUUGAACCAAACUCAAUCCGGUUCCCUGCCUAAGGAGUCGAAGGUCAUCUUGCCCACAUUGACUGGUCAAACGACACCGAAGAAAACCAAAGCGGAUACUGAUGUAUCAGUGAAAACAAAAAGGACUAAGCUAACAAUGGUAGACAGGAUGAAGGGUAACAGCAAUGUGGUGACUCCUGUGGAGUCAACAUGUAGCGAGAAGGCUGAAGUCAUGAAAAGAACUGACCCAUGUGAAAAUGAGAAACUCGCAACCAAAUCCGUACAAUCAUCCAGUAUUGAAGACUCGAUAGAAGCCUGUAUCAAAAAGUGCUUCUCAUCUGUGGACGUGGUCAAGGAAAACUCGCCAAAGGUCAAACCCAAGAAGGGGCCAAAUUCAAAACUCACCACAGGAGCCCGUGCCAACUCUACAGCCAAUAAAGUCAAAUCUCCUGUCCGAAAAUCACAACCGUCCACCACAAUAUCAGUGAGUAAAAAACAAGACAAUAUUUUUGACCGACUUCAGAACUGCUGUGCCACCACAGAGCAGGAGAAAGCCGAUAAACAGGACACACAAAAAAGUACUGUUGUUGUUAAUGCAUCCCAAUCUGGUGUAACAGAGGAGCCUUUAAUACCAAAAGUUACACCCGUUAUUCAAAAGACUAGCAAAGUAUCCAAGCGGCAAACAAACAGUACAACAAAGACACCCGGAAGAAAGAGGGCUUAUAACAAGGUUAAAGUUUCUAUAGAGCCCGGCCUUGGUGGACAAUCCUCCAAAGAAACGGCCAAGAAGAGCUGCAAGGUCAACAUUUCAACGGAGUCGGUGACGACAGUAGGGGUGGAUACACCCCAACAGACACCACAGGUAAACUUCACUGUUUGUCUACAGAAUGAGAAGAGUGUUGGGGUGUCAGAUGUGAAGGAUGUUACAUGCGACAAAACAAGUUGUGAUGUACCAAGAUUGUCUGAGGAAGUACUCAACUCUGAGAAGCCAUGUGUAGUGUCUCCGACACCAAUGGAUGUCACAAAUAAUACCAUUAACUCUGAUGCGAACAUUGUCACCCAGAUACAGACUUUUUCAGUAGCAAAGACUGCCCCUAAGGCCAAAGUACCCAAGGUACAGAAGAAGAAACUCCAGAUGACCAAAGUGCCAAAGAUCGUCGUGAAGAGGACUGUUGAAACAGCUGCUGUGGACGAGUCCUCGAUGCCGCUCAAGAAACGGAAACUCAUGAAGGAACCCGUCGUCACUUGCACAGAGAACACAUUAAUCAGUUUACCAUCUCAACCAUCAACCAGUACAGCGCCCUACCCUACACCCUGCACCCCACCUUCAUCAUUGGUUUGUAAAUCGCCCGAUCCGUCACCAUCGGUAGCCGGCAAUAAGAAGACCAAACCGGCAGUGGCUGUGUGUCGCGCCAAGGGAGGACAAACUCCAAGCCAAGACACAGCAGCAGGGAGGAUGGCUGGUAAACAGUGCGGCAAGAAGAGACCGUUACCGAAGAGGUCUUACUGGAAAGCAGGCAUUUAUUCCAGCACCUUCAAGUUAGAGCCACCUAUGAUCAAACCAGAAGAGGAUAAGAAAGAGGAUGAAGAGAAGACAGAGGGGGAAGAGCAGUAUAUAGAAGAGCCAUCUUGUGGGCUGUUCCCACUACCAAUCUUAUCAGGUUCAACGUUCUGGGUGGAAGAAGUGGACUUCCAGUUACCGUAUGAUCUGUGGUGGCUCCAUACGCACAAUAAACUGUCCAAUAGACAGGAUCCUUCCAAAUUCAAGAAACUUAAAAACAAUAUCUACUACGACGUGAAGCCACUGUCAAAUACUCAAAAUAUCUGUAACUGCAAGAAGCCAAGGGAGCCUGAUGUGAAAGGAUGUGGAGAAGACUGCCUCAAUAGAAUGGUUCUUGGUGAAUGUUCGCCCAGUACCUGCCCAUGUGAAGAAGUUUGCUCCAAUCAGAGGAUACAGAGACAUGAAUGGACCCCUGGACUGCAGCGCUUUAAUACCAAGGAUCGUGGAUGGGGAAUCUGCACCCAGACUCCCAUCAAAGCUGGAGAGUUCAUCCUGGAGUACGUCGGCGAGGUCAUCAGCGUCAAAGAACUCUGGAAGCGAGCCCUCAGCGACUACCAAUACCAGAAGCAUCACUACUACCUCAACCUGGACUCGGGCACCGUCAUCGACGGGUACCGGUACGGCAACGAGGGACGCUUCGUCAAUCACAGCUGCGAGCCAAACUGUGAGAUGCAGAAGUGGUCUGUCAACGGGAUGUAUCGGAUUGCCCUGUUUGCGAUGAAGGAUGUGAACGUUGGUGAUGAGCUGACAUAUGAUUAUAACUUCCACGCUUUCAACCUGGAAACACAGCAAGAGUGCAUGUGUGGCAGCAGUAACUGUAGAGGCACAAUAGGAGGCAAGACCCAGAAACCAAACGGAAUUGUCAAGAAAGACCCAGUGAAUAAUAAGAAGACGGGGAAGAAGUUGGGACGACCAGUGAAAGAGAAAAGGAAAUCCAAGAACAACCUCAAGAAAAGGGAAGGUGUAGCUGAAGAUCAUAGUGCCUUAAAGGCUCGACGUUUACCUCGACCAAUGUCAGUCAGAGAGAUGAAUCUCAUCGCAGAUAGACGCUUAUUCCUUCUGCGGAACAUCGAGAAGAUCAAGCGUGUACGAGAGACUCAGUUGAAGGCAAAGGAAGGGAACCUCACUAUCAAGACCAACAGUCAGAAUGACAAUGGAAAAGAUGUAUUCAUGGCCCAAUUCACUGCACUCAAGACAUCCCGCUCAGUCAAAACCCGCCGUCUUGCCGCAGCCGAGGUCAACGUUGAGGUGACGAAGGCCGCCCGCCUCGCCCAGGUGUUUAAGGAUAUAUAUACCGUGGUGUGUACGUAUCGGGACUCAAAUGGACAGAGCUUGGCGAUACCGUUUAUGAACAGGCCGUCAAAGAAGAGAAAUCAAGACUACUACCAGAGGAUUUCUGAUCCCAUUGAUUUAAGCACCAUUGAGAGGCACAUCAUGACUGGUUAUUACAAGACGGUGGAACGAUUCGACGAACACUUCAUCCGCGUCUUUAGGAAUGCAGAGAAAUACCAUGGUAAGAAGUCUGAACUGGGUCGGGAUGCAACAGACCUGCGUAAGGCCUACACCAAGGCUAAGACGGACAACGCCAAGUUCUUUGAAGACAUUCUCGGCCAACCGCAGAUCUACAAGGAUAAUAAAGAAGAUAGUAAAUUAUUAAAGGAAGAGGAAGAGGAGGAGGUGAUUCGAUGUCUGUGUGGACUCUUCAACGAUGAGGGACUCAUGAUUCAGUGUGAACAAUGCAUGGUGUGGCAACAUUGUGACUGCAUUGGCAUGAAAGAACCAACUGAGAACUACAAGUGUGAGCUGUGUGAAAUAAGACCAGUGCCAAAGGAAGUCCCCAUGGUCCCACAACCAAAGUUUGCUCAACCGGAUCAAACGUACUUCUUAUGUCUUGAAAGAGAUGAACAUCUUACUGUUAGACAAGGCUGUUGUGUGUAUCUUGCCAAUGAGAAUCAACGACGGACACCAGACGGCUCCCCUAUCCAAUCCUCUACAGAGAUCAUGUCCAAUAUCAACAGAGAUGAACUCAAUAUCUUCAGAGUAGAGAAGCUGUGGAAGAACCCAGAUGGCGAGAAGUUUGCUUUCGGACACCAUUUCUUACGGCCGUACGAGACUCAUCACACUCCAUCCAGAAAGUUCUUUAAGAAUGAGCUGUUCAGGGUUCCACUGUAUGAAAUCAUCAAGCUGGACGUCAUCUGUGGGGUCUGCUGCGUCAUGGAUUUUUAUACUUUUUGUAAAGGGAGGCCGAAGGGUGUUGAGGAGAUAGACGUCUACGUGUGUGAGUUCCGAUUAGAUAAGACAGCUCAUCUCUUCAAUCCCAUCAGCAGACACAAACACCCCAUCUCUACCAAGACUUACGCCUUUGAUAAAUUCGAUAAGAAGUUGGUGCCUAAGAGAGACUACUCACCUCAUCUGGUACCGGAGCAUUUUAAACGAGGAUACGGGGGAAGAUGUAACAAAGACAAGUCAGUCGAGAGAGAGGAAGAUGACGUUAACAUUGAGGACAUGACUCCAGAAAUGUAUGCAGCCAGACAACUCGGCAAUCCACUGUCUACCAACGCAAAGAAGAUUAGUUUGAUGGAGAAAAAGAAGCAAAAGAAACGUCUCAAAAAACAUGAGAAGGAGCAGUCGUUAGCCUUGAGGAGACAGCAAGAACAACAGAAGGCCGAGAGGAUUUGUCAGCAGAAGGAGCGACUUAAUGGUCUGCUACUCAAUCUACUGGGCAAGAUGCCUGGCAAACAACCUGUAGAUUUGACCUACCUGCUAGAAGAAGGAAACGGGAAACGACGCUGCAAAAGACCGCCGCAUUCAUUGGACGGAUUCUUUUGAGAGCUAUCCAUAGGGCUUCCCAACGAGAGAGAACAUGUCACAGUCGGACCGAGACCCCAAUGAGUUAUGCCUAACUGAAUGAAAUGUCAUUUUUAAGGUUACAUUUUAACUCGAAGGAACUGUUAGGUGGUGUACGUCUCCUAAAAAAAAUCACAUUGGAACAUACAAGAAAGUCAUAAACUGAAGAAUAGAUGAUCAUCGGCACCCGGUGGGAGGUGAGCAGCAGGUCCUGGUUUCUAAGAGAUGAAUGUCAGUUCCUGGUACUAAGAUAUGAAUGUCAGUUCCUGGUUCUAAGAUAUGAAUGUCAGUUCCUGGUUCUAAGAUAUCAAUGACGGUUCCUGGUACUAAGAUAUGAAUAUCAGUUCCUGGUACUAAGAUAUGAAUGUCACUUCCUGGUACUAAGAUAUGAAUGUCAGUUCCUGGUUUCUAAAAGAUGAAUGUCAGUUCCUGGUACUAAGAUAUGAAUGACGGUUCCUGGUACUAAGAUAUGAAUGUCAGUUCCUGAUACUAAGAUAUGAAUGUCAGUUCCUGGUUUCUAAGAUAUGAAUGCCAGUUCCUGGUUCUAAGAUAUGAAUGUCAGUUCCUGGUACUAAGGUAUGAAUGUCAGUUCCUGGUUUCUAAGAUGUGAAUGCUAGUUCCUGGUACUAAGAUAUGAAUGACGGUUCUUGGUUCUAAGAUAUGAAUGUCAGUUCCUGGUUCUAAGAUAUGAAUGUCAGUUCCUGGUUCUAAGAUAUCAAUGACGGUUCCUGGUACUAAGAUAUGAAUGUCAGUUCCUUGUACUAAGAUAUGAAUGUCAGUUCCUGGUACUAAGAUAUGAAUGUCGGUUCCUGGUACUAAGAUCUUAAUAUCAUUCCUGGUACUAGGAUGUGAACAUCAGUUCCAGGUACUAAGAUAUUAAUGUCAGUUCCUGGUUCUAAGAUAUCAAUGACGGUUCCUGGUACUAAGAUAUGAAUGUCAGUUCCUGGUACUAAGAUAUGAAUGUCAGUUCCUGGUACUAAGAUAUGAAUGUCAGUUCCUGGUACUAAGAUCUUAAUAUCAUUCCUGGUACUAGGAUGUGAACAUCAGUUCCAGUUACUAAGAUAUUAAUGUCAGUUCCUGGUUCUAAGAUAUGAAUGACGGUUCCUGGUUCUAAGAUAUGAAUGUCAGUUCCUGGUACUUAGAUACGAAUGUCGGUUCCAGGUACUAAGAUAUGAAUGUCAGUUCUUGGUUCUAAGAUAUCAAUGUCAGUUCAUGGUUCUAAGAUAUCAAUGUCAGUAUCUGAUUUCAUAGAUGAUUUCAGUUCAUGAUACUCGGAGAUGAGUAGACGUUGUAAAGUUAGAAGGCUCAAGGGCAAAGUGUUAUUUUAUAUUGAAGAAACUAUGACUUCGGAGAGGACCACUGUUUUCCUAUUUUGAUUGUGUUGUUUCUGAACAUGUUUAAAGGCGUACCUAUUUUAUAAUAGAUGGAUCUUUGUGAGUAGGAUAUGUACCUUGAGAAGUGUUUAUAACCAGGGCCCAAUUUGAUAGAGCUGCUUAAGCACAAAAUUUUGCUUAAGCAAAAAAAUCCUUGCUUAGUAAAA